GCGGCGAUAACUGGGUAUGAGGCAGUUGUUAAGCUGCUUCUUGAUACUGGCAAGGUUAAUGCAGAUGCUAAGGAUGGGGCUACACGGAUAGCGCUGCAUAUAGCGGCAGAGAAUGGGCAGGAAGGGGUAGUUAAGCUGCUUCUCGAUACUGGCAAGGUUGACCCAGAUCCUAAGGAUAAGAAUGGACAGACAGCGCUAUAUAUGGCGAUAGAGAAGGGGCAUAAAGCGGUUAUUAAGCUGCUUCUCGAUACC